CUCAUACGAAAAAAAUACCAAACCCAAACCCAGAAAAAUUCCCGGAUGGCCACAAACUUUCAAUUUGUGUAUAAACUGAAGUCACAAAAAAUAUUUCAUAUAUCAAGAAGUAAGUAAAUUUUGUUUUCAUAGCUCGGGGUUUCGUCGUCACCGGUACUUGUCUCUCUCCUUUUUCUUUUUUUCGCGUAUCGUUAUUGCUAUCGGGAUCACUUCGGCGAAGUGGAGAAGAUUAAGCAGGGGGGCUUCGCUGUCAUAUCUGUAGAUAAUUGCUGUCUAAAAGAUUGUUACCAUGGGAGAUCAGGAUUCCCAAUCUCUUCCAGUCAUUGACUAUGCUUCAAUGGACAAUAGUAUUAUGCCCGAUGCAAAUAAAUAUGUUCCAGACCAGGAGAAUGCACUGCCUCAGCAUUCUCCAGCUGUAGAGUAUGCUGCAGAUGCUGUUGUUUUGCCUGAUGGAACUUCUCGCCCCUCUGCUGCUCUUGAGGCUGGAGAUGCUUCUGCUUUAUCUGGUGAAGUUGAAGGAAUUGCACAUCAAGAUUCUGUGACAAAGCAAGGCCCUCAACCUCCUGCUUUUGUAAUGGAAGAUACUACUGCUUUUUCUGAGGGAAACAAAGUUGUAACAGGACAGGACACUCCUAUGGAACAAGUUACUCAAUCGUCUGUGUAUGAAGGUAUGGACGCUUCUGUGAAUUAUGAUCUGAAUAAAUACAUGGGAAAUCAGGAUCCUACUACAAAUCAAGAAGCUGUUAAUAUAUCAGAUAUAAACCAAUAUAAUUCAGCAGAACAUCAUGCGGAUGGGAAUGGUAGUAUUGCGACUGUAGAGAACAAGGAACCUGAACAAACACAAUAUGAGGAGCCCCUAGUUGCCAUUUCAACAGAAGAGGAACGGUUGUGGGGCAUUGUAAGGGCAAACUCUGCAGAUUUCACUGCAUGGACCUCAUUGAUCCAAGAAACUGAGAAAACGGCAGAGGAUCACUUGCCAAAAAUUUGUAAAGUUUAUGAUGCUUUCCUAGCCGAGUUUCCCUUAUGUUAUGGAUACUGGAAGAAAUAUGCAGAUCAUGAGGCACGAUUGGGCAGUGCUGAAAAGAUUCUAGAGGUGUACGAGAGAGCCGUUCAAGCUGUAACAUAUUCGGUUGAUAUCUGGAUGCAUUAUGCUAUGUUUGCAAUGGCGACAUAUGAAGAUCCGGAAAUCAUUCGAAGGUUAUUUGAACGAGGCUUGUCAUAUGUUGGAACUGACUAUUUGUCCUAUCCUUUAUGGGACAAGUAUAUUGAAUAUGAAUAUUCACAGCAGGAAUGGAGUCGCCUUGCACAGAUUUACACACGAAUUUUACAAAUUCCCAUUCAGCAGCUUGACCGCUAUUUUAGCAGCUUCAAGGAACUAGCUGCUUCUCGGCCUCUCUUAGAGUUGCGAACUGCAGAGGAAAAUGCUGCAGCUGCAGAAGCAGCUUCCAUGUUGGCAGGUAGAGAAGGAGGUGAAAAAAUAGGAGAUGGUGAGGAAGGAGCUAAGCCUGAAAGUGUUAGUCUAUCGGAAGCUGAUGAACUUGAGAAGUAUAUAGGUGUGAGAGAAGCAAUGUACAAGAUAGCAAAAGAGAUGGAUGCAAAGAUUCGAGAUUUUGAGAAUGCCAUUCGUCGGCCGUAUUUUCAUGUUAAGCCAUUGGAUGAUGCACAACUAAGCAACUGGCAUCACUAUCUUGAUUUCAUUGAGAAAACCAAUGAUUUUGAUCGGAUGGUGAAGCUAUUUGAGAGAUGUCUUAUUGCAUGUGCAAACUACCCUGAAUACUGGAUCCGGUAUGUGCAAUGCAUGCAAGCUGCUGGAAGCAUGGAAGUUGCAAAUGAUGCGCUUGUACGGUCUACACAGAUUUUUGUGAAGAGACAACCAGAAAUACACAUUUUUGCAGCUCGGUUCAAGGAACAACUGGGAGACACUGUGGGGGCCCGUGCAGAGUAUCAGCUUCUUAAUACAGAAAUAGCUCCUGGCCUUCUGGAUGGUGUAAUUAAACAUGCCAAUAUGGAGCAUCGUCUGGGAAACCUGGAAGCAGCAUCCUCAGUAUUUGACAUGGCUAUUGCAGCUGAGAAAAGCAAAGAGCACUCACAGUCGCUACAUUUGUUAUUUAUUCAGUACUCUCGCUACCUUCAAAUAGUGGAAGGGAAUGCAGAGAGAGCAAAAGAAGUUUUGACCGAAGCAUUUCAGCUUCUUCCUUAUUCAAAGCCUCUUAUGGAGGUAGCUAUUCAUUUGGAAUCAAUAAAGUCAGGUUCCAAGCAAGUUGAAUUUCUUGAUUCUUUGGUAGAACAAAUGCUGGCUCCAAAACCUGAUGGAUCCUAUGAAUUAACUGCUGCAGAUAGAGAAGAGAUAUCAAGUAUAUUUUUAGAGUUUGUGGACCUUUUUGGUGAUAUUAAUGCUAUUACAAAGGCAGAGUAUCGUCACAGGCAGUUAUUUUUGCCUCAUAAAAACACUGGUGAAUCUAAGAAGCGUCCUGCUCAAGAUAGUCUUACCUCUGAUAAGUCUAAAGUAGCCAAGAGUUAUGCAGCUGUUCCUGCUGCUGUGUCUCCUGCACAGUCUGGUGCAGCUGCUUAUCCAAAUGGCCAGGCUCAGUGGGGUGCCGGCUAUGCUCAGCAGUCGCAAAGUUGGCAGCAGCCACCUGCUCAGCAGGCUCCCCAAGCUCAACCUCAACAGUGGAUGCCUGGCUAUGGUCAACAGGCUGGCUAUGCUCCCUAUGCUGGUUAUGCUAAUUAUGGGCCACCUCAACAACCAACAAACCCAGCACAGCAGCCGAGUUAUGCAGGUUAUGGUCAAGGAUAUCCUACACAGGCAUUCCCACAACAAAAUUAUGGACAACCUGCACCUGCUUACACACCUCCUCAGCAGCAGGCUGCGGCACCACAAUAUUAUCCUGGGUAUUAUUGAGGUCAUUCAGUAUUUUGGAUGAACUUCAGUGGCAUAUAUUUUUUGCUACCCAUGAUCCAUGUAAAGUAAAGAUGAAUCUUGGAGAACUUCAUCUUCGAGUAUUUUUCCAUUUCUUAAUCCAGAGAAUGUUAACAUGACUAUAUUGCAUGUUUCAUUUGUUGUAGCAGAAUGAAGAAUAGAUUUCUAGAUGAUUUUGUGCAGGAUCAAAUCUAUGCAGCCUUCACUAUAAUUGUGGAACUUUUCGUGUUAUACUGAAUGCUGAUCGUUGUUUUUUCCCAAGAGAGUGGGUAUGAGAUUUAUUGCAGAAGCCCAAAUUAAUAUGAAACAAUUUCCAUGGCCAGGCUCUCACUAUCUUCUUAGCUAUAUUCAUCAUCUUUUAAGAUGAAGAGCAUCAUAAAUUUAAAUAUGGGAAGUGGAGAGCAAGUUAGAGAACUUUUUGCCGGUCUUUCAGCAGGCCGAUGAGUUUAGGGUUGUAGAUACUUUAAUCUCUUGGUACUUGUUCAAAAUGAACACGAGAAGUGUAAUCAUGUUUAUCAUUAUAAGCAGCAGCCAUAGAUGGAAAUUUCCUAUA